AUCAUUUAAUCUUCAUUUAUCGGUUCGCGCGGUUGUAGAACGGCGCGUGCGCACUCGUUCAAAUUUUAACAUAUAUACCUACAUCGAUAGAAUGGGUGGAAAUUAUUCUACCAUGGACCCGAUGGACGUACCAGUCCCCGAUUUAAAACUUUUAUUCCAAAGAGACGGCUAUUUAAGACCAUAUGAACGUGAAAUUCGACGACGUUUCGCCUGCUUCCAAGAUCUGUGGGAUAAGAUAGAGUCAUGGGAGGGUGGCGUGGAAGGUUUCACUACCGGUUACCGUUAUUAUGGACCACAGUUCUGCGUCGACGGAUCAGUGGUGUGGAGAGAAUGGGCUCCUGGAGCACACUCGCUUCAUCUUCAGGGCGACUUCAAUGGUUGGAACCCAAAGAGUCAUCCGUUCAGGAAGCUGGAAUAUGGAAAGUGGGAGCUUUAUAUACCUGGAAAUGAGGAUGAAUCGUGUCCUAUCAAGCAUUUGAGUCGAGUCCAGCUCAUUGUUAACGAACACCUGUACCGAGUGUCUCCCUGGGCGAGUUACGUUAAGCCAUACGAAGGAUUCACUUACCAACAAUUCAUUUACAAGCCGGAGCAGCCAUACCAGUUCAAGCACAGGAAAGUUAAGAGGCCAGCGUCGUUACGCAUCUAUGAGUGCCACGUGGGGAUCGCUACCAACGAGGGAAGAGUUGGCACUUACCUGGAGUUCAAGGACAAUGUGCUACCAAGGAUUAAAGAUUUAGGCUACAACGCUAUACAGUUGAUGGCUAUAAUGGAACAUGCCUACUACGCCUCUUUCGGAUAUCAGGUCACAAGCUUUUUUGCAGCCAGCAGUCGAUAUGGAACCCCCUGUGAGUUAAAGCAGUUGAUCGACCGUGCCCACGAGCUCGGUAUCUACGUGCUAUUAGACGUCGUCCACUCCCACGCCUCCAAGAACACGUUGGAUGGUCUCAACGAGUUCGACGGCACCAACUCCUGCUACUUCCACGACGGCGCCAGAGGAACCCACUCGCUCUGGGACAGCAGAUUGUUCAACUAUUCCGAGACGGAGGUGCUACGUUUCCUACUUUCUAACCUGAGAUGGUAUCAAGAGGAAUAUCAGUUUGACGGAUUCAGGUUUGAUGGCGUGACGUCAAUGUUGUACCACAGUCGUGGUAUUGGGGAAGGCUUCUCUGGAAAUUAUGACGAGUACUAUGGAUUGAACGUGGACACGGAGGCGCUCGUCUACCUGAUGGUGGCCAACGAGCUCGUGCACUCCAUAGACAGCCAGGCCAUAACUAUAGCCGAGGAUGUAUCAGGAAUGCCGGCCUCCGGGCGACCUGUUCGUGAAGGCGGUACGGGCUUUGACUACCGCCUGGGUAUGGCCAUCCCGGACAUGUGGAUCAAGUUGCUGAAGGAGGAACGCGACGAGGACUGGAAGAUGGGGCACAUCGUCCACACCCUCACCAACAGACGGUGGAUGGAGGGGACUGUCGCUUACGCCGAAAGCCAUGACCAGGCUCUGGUCGGGGACAAGACGAUCGCGUUCUGGUUGAUGGACGCCGCCAUGUACACCCACAUGAGUACCCUGAGCGAGCCCAACCCGGUCAUCGAGCGAGGACUCGCUCUACACUGCAUGAUACGACUCAUCACCAACGCGCUCGGAGGAGAGGCCUACCUCAAUUUCAUUGGUAACGAAUUCGGACACCCCGAAUGGUUGGAUUUCCCUCGAGCUGGCAACAAUUCCUCGUACCACUACGCCAGGAGACAGUGGCAUCUCGUUGACGACCAGCUUCUCAAGUACAAAUAUCUGAACGAAUUCGAUAAAGACAUGCACGCCUUGGAGAACAAAUACGGAUGGCUCGCUUCAAAUCCGGCGUACGUGUCGUGUAAGCAUGAAGGCGACAAAGUGAUAGCGUUCGAGCGCGCGGGGCUGCUGUUCGUCUUCAACUUCCAUCCCAACCAAAGCUUCACGGACUACCGCGUUGGCGUCGACGUCGCUGGAAAAUAUCAGGCUGUAUUGUGUUCGGAUAGUAAGAAAUACGGCGGUUUCGGUCGUGUGGAGCCGGAUGGGGAAUACCAUCUCACUCAGAACAUGCCCUGGGGUGACAGAAAGGAUUCCGUUCAGCUCUACAUCCCGUGCCGUACAGCUCUAGUUUACGCUCGAUGUGAAUGAAUUUUGUGCUAAAUAAAAAUAUCUUGCCAGAUGCAAAUAUAUAUUUGGAAAUUAUAUUUUUUGUUGGUGACUGCUAAGUAGAUCUUAAGUGUUAAUGUUACUCAUAGUUGGUCAAUAUGAUUAACUUUAUUCAAAAAUUGUUUUAUAACAAGUAAAAGUGCUCAAUUAAUUAAGGUGCAUUUUACAAAACAGCAUACAUAGCUGUCUUUUCUUAUUAUAAAUUAAUUAAGAGCUUUUUUUCAUAUUGCAACUUUGUUACAUAACCAACACAAAAUUACUAAGAGGUUUUCGUAGAGUAUGAAAAAGAAAAUCUAAAAUUAUUGUUAAGUAGAUACAAUUGUGUAUCGGUUUUGUACUAUUAGAUGUUUACUUUUAUUAUAGAUAUCAUGAAUUUAUAUAAAACGGCAGUGCUUGUAUAAUAAAACUGUUAUAUUCGGCAA